UGAAAACAUUUUUAAAUAAUAGUUUUUUUUAAAUAAUAAUACAAAAUAAGCUAGAUAUGCUUAGUUAAUGAAAAUAGUUUACAUUAGCAGGGGUUCAUAAAGUUAUUUUACAACCAGGGACCUUUUAAGUAUACUAUCUCUACUAUAAUUGAAAAUGGUUUUGAAAUUUGGAACAUCUUGAAAAUUCUUAAAUUAUACAUACACUGUAUUUAAUAAAAAUUAUUUUUAUUAAAAUAUAUCAGUCUGGAAGUCAUUACAAUGGCAUUUCUAAUGAACUACAGUGACUGAUUUUCUCUAAAUGGCGAAACCUUGAACAGCAGUGAACCAAAAAUUCUUUCAAAAGCAUAUGAACAACAUAACCAGCAAGUCACAAAAAACAGAUAAACAUCUAAGGAACUGCAGGCCACACUAGUCCAGAUAUUAACUACAGGAGAACUUCACAGAUUGGGAACAACAUCUCUAGUACCACCAUACUGAGCACUGGGGCCCAUCGAGGCUAUCUGCUCAGCAAGAAAAAUAAGUCAGCACACAGAGAGGAGGUGAACAGUGUAUUCUCUAAAUAUUGACAAAACAAAAGAGAUGAUUGUUGACUUCAGGAGAGCACAGUGUGACCAUUCUCUUCUGAAUAUUAAUAUAUCCUCUGAGAAGAUUGUCAAGAGCACCAAAUUCCUCUGUGUUAACCUGGUGGAAAACCUCUUGGUCACUCAACACCAGCUCCAUCACCAUGAAAGUCCAGCACCUUCUCUACCUCUUACGUAGUAUGAGGAAAGCCCAUCUAGAGCAACCUGAGCAGAUGCAUCACUGUCUGGUUUGGGAGUUGCACGCAUUCAGUAUACAACUAUGUUUAAAGAUCCACUCAUAUAAGCACAGUUUACAUGCUGUUUUGGCACACCACAAUCCUUUGCUGCCACCAACCGAUGUUAUUAUAUGUGUAUAUAUAUUUACAAGAACCCUCUAUUGUUUACAAUUCUCUUAUUUUUCACAGAUGCUCAAUUACAGAAUGUAUACUGGUAAGCACUAUCUGUCCUGUAGUGUUUUGUCUUGCAUUUCCUUGCACACAAUACACUUUAUGUUUUGUUUCAUGUAGCACCAUAGUCCUGGAAAAGCAUUGUUUCAUUUCAUGUUCAAGCCCUGGAGCCCAUUGAGACUCUGUGGACCUUAAAUGAAUAAAUCUUGCUCAAAAGCCUUCACACUUUACUGCAUUAUACAUGUUUCUAUUAAAGGUGAGACUGUUUAUUGAUUUUAGUGGACUACUGAAAAAUCCUUGCUUACUUCAUGUUCUCAUGUACAGUAUGACGUUAUAAAAGUAUUCAGUGUGACAAAUGUGCAAAAUUAGAGGAAAUCGGGAGGGGGCAAAUACCUUUAACGUCAAUGUACGCAUCAUAAAAUAUGUGGAAAUAGUCACAAUUUUCCAGCCUUACUAAAAACUAGACAAAGCAUUUGGCAUUUUUCAUAUUUCCUUUUUUUUAUGUCAGCUUCCUUUUCUUUUUUUUUCUUUUUUUUUUGAUGCUGAACACACUUCCUCACAUCAGUGAUGUCACAUCAACUAUUUGAUUUCUAUCAAGCAUUUUCUGCAAGGGCUUUUUUAAAAUUCCUUUUCACAUUGACUCAUCAGGCCAGAGAAUAAAUGUUGUUAAAUGAACCUGUUCCUAUUUCCCUUAUGUCCCAAAAUAACAGAAUUAGUUAUACAUAAAAACUCGUCUGAGAUUUUAUAUGCCAUGUGAAUGGCAUGUACUUUGACCCGUACAAUACAGUAACUCAUGCCCUCGUCACGAGGAAGUGUCACCUUUACGCACAAAAAAGUCCCAACCUGAUUUUCUUUAACUGGUAAAGAAAUUCAAAAAGUACAUUCAAGGGCACAUCAUUGUACAGAUUGAAUAUUUCAUCUAUAAUUAUAAACUAGAGUGAAAGUGAUCAGGGCACUAAAUUGAAGCAUGCCAGUUUUGGAGCACUAAAAUAUCCGAUUCUUCGGAUGUGAAAGAUGAAUCAUCAUGAAGGUAGACAGAAAGACGUCUCCGUUUGUCCGUAUUGCUUUCACCGGCCAGUUUCUUGUGAUAUUCAGCAUCUUUCCUCUUCAGCUGGUCACCGCCUUCCCACAGGCUUCCAUAGAGCAGUUCUGUAGAGAUCCGGGUGUCCCCGAGCAUGGAAGCAGAACACCAAGUUCUGGUGUUUUCUUUGAGAAUGCUAUGGCCAGAUUCUCUUGUUUAGGGGGAUACAGACUAAAAGGAGUAUCAAAGAUCACCUGUGUUUUGUUUCAUAAUGGAUCAAUGGGAUGGAGACCAAGCCUCAAACCAGUGUGCCUUCCUGAAGAAUGUCUUCCUCCAUAUAUUGAGGAUGCUGUUGUAGCUAAUAAGACCUACAGGCCAGGUGAUAACCUUAUUAUCAGAUGUUAUGAGGGAUUUCAAAUCCGUUAUCCUGACACAGAGAGCAUGGAGUCAGUUUGCCAAGAGGAUGGAACGUGGGACAAUCAGCCCAUCUGUCAAGGCUGCCUGCGCCCUUUGAUUCCUCCUCAUAGUUACAUGAACAUCUCAGAGACACAGUUCUCCAUGCCCAUCGGGACAGUAGUACACUACCAGUGUUUUCCAGGUUAUAAGCUGGAGGGUGCAGAAUUACUGGAAUGCAUGUAUAGCCUCAUAUGGUCGGAUGUGCCACCCAGGUGCCUUGACGUUGAAGCAUGUCCCUUACCUCCGAUGGUGGAGCAUGGAGAUUACAUAUGCCAUCCACAACCAUGUAACCGCUAUAUUCAUGGGACAGUGGUGGAGUUCUACUGUGAUCCUGGCUAUUCUCUAAUGAAUGACUACAAAUACAUCACCUGUCAAUAUGGGCAGUGGUUUCCUCAAAUGCAUAUCUACUGUGUCCAAGAUGAAACUUCAUGGCCUGGCUUUCAGGAAUCUUUACUGCAUGCAUGGAAACCAGUGGCAUUCACUACCUCAAGUGUGCUGUUAGCCCUGUUUCUAGUCAUCAUAGCAAAGAUGUCUCACUGCAAAUGCAAGAGCAAUCAGAAUUCAAGUGAAGAACAAGAAGAUGCCAGGGGUCCAAACGUCAUAAUAGUGGAUGGUGUCGCCAUUCCUCUACCUUCCUACGAGGAGGCAGUGAGAGGUUCAUGCUACCAGCCUCCACAUGUGCUUCCCUCUUCUGAUCCAGAACCCACACAGAACUCAGUAGAGCAUGACCCUCCUUCAUAUCCAGGACCCACAGAAAGUCAGCAUGAUGCUCCAUUGGACACUGGAGAUUCUGAGACAUGUGACAGCAUUUCAGAGCCAUCAGAGUGUCUACAAGCUAUGCAUCCAUCUUCAUCACAUGAUGUUGGGUUGAGCAACGUAUCUGAGAAGACCAAUGCGAUCACGUCCAUGGAGGAAACUGCUUCCACAAGUCCCAGCAUAGAUAUUGCUGAUGAAAUUCCUCUUGUGGAUGGUGGUGAAGAAGACUUCUGAUAACAUACAAUUUUAGAUUUUCUCACUGCUGUAUUUAGAUCAGCACUUUCAACACUGCAUAUUGGUUUAAAAUUCAAUACAUUAGCAAGGCAAUAAAGGCAAUAAUAACAUUAUAUGUUUAGUUCCUUUGGCUUGGGCCAUGGGGAAAAACUAUGCAUUUGUAGUUAUACCAGUUUGUUUCAGUAUAAAAUUCACAUUGUUGGUCAAAUACAGCAGUUACCAAAGGAGAGAUCUCAUUUUAAAAUCUAAUUCUACUUUAAAUCAGUCAACUGUCUGUCUAGACUUCACAAGAUACAUAACAGGAGACCAUGAAGUAUACUGCUUUGAGGUAAAUUAAAAAUCUGUAAAUUCUAUUUCAGAGAUGACAUUGAAUUAAAUAACCUUAUUUAAAAUGUAUUCAAAACAGAAGAUUUCAUUAAUGUUUGCUGCUUACAAGUAAAAAAAAUAUAUAAAAAUUAAACACAAUCUUUCUUAAA